ACAAAAGAAAUCCAAACCACCCAAAAAACAGAAGAAAAAAAAUAUGUAGAGAAUCACACUCAUUUUUCUUUCUCACUGUUGCGCCAUUUCUAAAUUCUAUUUGCUCACCAUGGAAACCAUUCUUUCUUCUCCCUCACUCUCACCUCUCUUCAACCCAAAACCUUCUUCUCCUAAGACGCUUUUGUCCCCCUCUCUCCAACCCAAUUCAAAGUCCCUCCUCCUCACAAAACCCAUCACCUCAAGCCUCAAAAAGCAAUCUGUUCCAUCACUCAAAACAUCUUUGCCAAUACCCAAGGACUGGUUCUCUUAUGCCCAGCAAGGACUAGCAGCUCUUGCACUGUCUUUAGCACUAAACUUUUGCCCACUCUUGCCUGGUGGCAAUGCACUAGCAUCUGAGUUUGAUGUGCUUAAUGAGGGACCACCCAAAGAUUCCUAUGUUGUUGAUGAUGCAGGCGUGCUAAGCCGGGUGACUAAGUCGGAUAUAAAGAGGUUGAUGUCGGAAUUGGAAUAUAAGAAGAACUUCCACAUCAAUUUUGUCACUGUUAGAAAGCUCACUAGCAAAGCUGAUGCCUUUGAGUAUGCUGACCAAGUUUUGGAGCGCUGGUACCCUUCUGUUGAAGAGGGCAACAAUAAGGGCAUUGUUGUGCUUGUCACCAGUCAAAAAGAAGGAGCAAUCACUGGUGGCCCUGCAUUUGUCCAAGCUGUUGGAGAAACUAUCCUUGAUGCAACUGUAUCAGAGAACCUUCCUGUCUUGGCUACAGAAGAAAAGUACAAUGAAGCUAUUUUCAGCAGUGCCAAACGGCUAGUUGCUGCCAUUGAUGGGCUUCCAGACCCCGGUGGCCCCAAGCUUAAUGAAAACAAACGCGAAUCCAAUUUCAAAACCAAGGAGGAGACGGACGAAAAGCGUGGACAGUUCUCUCUUGUAGUUGGAGGAUUGCUGGUGAUUGCCUUUGUUGUUCCUAUGGCACAAUACUAUGCGUAUGUCUCAAGGAAGUAAGGGUGGAAUUUGCUCAGUUAGAUUUGUCUUUCCAUUGUUUCCCAUAAAUUUCGAAACAACAUGUAUAACAUGCAGUUAUACAAAUGAUCAUAUUAAAAUGGUUGUUGAGAGACUUGCAAUCAGAGGGGAUCCUUGUUCGUGUUGAUAUUUGUAAAAAUUUAUAAUGGAAUUAAGUUGUACCUAUGACUAA